AUGGCUGAAUUUUCUGAUUUGUCAAGAACAGAACCUUCUUCAUGUGAAAACUCAGGCAAUGCCAAUGUUGGCGAAGAUGCUAUGAAAUCAAUUACAGAUGAAAUUAUAAAUAUUUUACAACUAGGUAGAAAUGAUAAUCAAGAUCAAAUUGUUAAAGAUUUAUUGGAAAAUGGUCGACAAUCAUUAGUCAACUAUCAAGAUGGUAGUAAAGCCAAAACCUAUAGAGAUGUAAUGAAGGGCGAUGAUGACAAAUUGAUUAUCUUGUUAAAAAAAUAUUUUCAACAGAAAUGGGAAACACAAUAUGGCACUUCAAAUCAAUGGUUUAUCUCGUUUCUUAAACAGUAUGAUAAUGGAGAAAAUCAUGAUAUAUAUCAGCGUGUUUUAACUCGUACUGCUGAAUAUGGAAAUAAAUACAUGAAAGAUUGUCCAAUAUUAUCCAUUGUAUUACAACUUUUUUUCCAAAUGAUUGAUGACAAAAGCUUGAAAACAACCACUACUUUCGAUGAACUAUGGUUUACAAUAACCAAUGAUGGUUUAAAAUCAAUUACAGAAUAUUCUAAGUAUAUUGUUAAAGGUGCUACGAAUGAACUAUUAAAUAAAAGGCAGCCAAUACUAUUUCAGGCGUUACGCGAAUAUUAUCGUGAAAAAGUAUUUUCAUUACUGAAAGCAAGCGAUAUUGCGUACGAAGAAAAGUUGUAUAAUGUGGUACUAGAUAAUAUUGCUGAACAUGGUUGGUCCACUGAUGUGAAACCAAUCGCAGACAAUAUAGCACGGAAAUCGUAUAGAAUAUUAUUGAAAAACCUCCAUUCUAAUCGCCAGAAUCAAAAGGCGUUAAAAUACGAAAAACGGCACCGCCAAUGUAAUAUUCCAACACCAGUUAAUAAAUCACCAAGAACACCACCCAAAAACCCUGCGAUAUCUAGGGGAAAUCCAGAUGAAGCCAAGCAAAGAUCAAUAACCCCGGAAGGAAAGAUUAAACCUGGUCAAAAAUCUGUAAAUGAUACCCAACGAAUACCCAUACCGGUCAUUGAUAGCGUACCAAAGGAUGAUUGCAACAAAAAUGAAAUGAAUAUCAUUUUAAGUUGUAAACAAGAAAAUCUAUUUCAGUUAGAAGAUUUAGCACAAGCUGGUGAAUUACAAUAUGUCAAUCAAACGUUAAAAGAUAUAUCAGAAAAGUUGGUUAAUGACUUUCAACACAAACAUAGGUCGUUUUCCGAAUUUAUUCAGAAUUGUUUAACACCUAUAAUGUAUUUAUUAAAACGUCUGCAGAAUUUAGAUGAUUUUAUGAAUACACUUAUAAUUGAAUAUCAACCAAUACAACAAGAACUAAUUCAUCAGUCAACGAAAACAACACAUAUGAGUUUACGAAUGCUGUUACAUGUCUUAUUCAUGAAUUCCGAUAUAUUCAUAAGACGAACUGUUAUGUCAUUAGCAAGUAAACGAAAUCCAGUACCAUUUAUUUCACCAAAUAUUCAAAAUUCCAAUAAAAAUGAACAAUAUGAAUUUAUGCCUGCUAUUAUCCAUGUAUGGAAUCAUACAAGACCAACAAUAUUAUCGUUUGGCAUUGGUCCAUGUAAAGGUAAAUCAACAUUAUUAAAUCAAUUAUUUCAAUCCACAUUUGAGCAAAAUGUUGAAAGUAUUUAUUUUCUACAAACAAUCGAUAUUGAUUUUGGUUAUUCUUUUAAUCCUGAACGAAUAUUAAAUAUUGCUGAUACACAUGGCAUGAUUGAUAAAACGCUUUUACGUAAAAUUGAGCCAUUAUUUGAUGGAUUUUUAAUUCAGAUGGAUAAAAAAUAUUUCGAUGAAGAACAAAAGGCUGUAUUUGACUAUAUGGAAAUAUUGUCUAAAGAAAAAUUUCAAAUGAUCAUCUUUCGUGAUUCACCGCAUCAAAAUCAACAAGAAAAAAUCGAAAAUUUAGCCCCACAGUCUGAAUCGAAGUUAUCGGCAAAACUACAUGUGUGCUCAUUACUAAAUAUUUCCAAUACAAAUGAUCGAAAUGUUAAAUGUGCUGUUGAAUAUUUACGUAAAAAUCUUGUAACAUACAUAAAAGAAGAAAUAAAAACGAUCAUUAAUAAAGAUGUAGUGGUAGUGAAUUUACAAAAAUUGCUGGAAAAAGAUUAUGUUGAAUAUUUAAAAAAAAUGAAUGAAAUAAUUCAGCCGUUGAAAAAGCGCUUGUUAGAAAAAAGUGAACAUCAAAGAGAACAAAAUUUUCCGUUAUACUUGAAAUUUCGAGAAUUAUGUAAAUUACGACAAAAAUUGAAAAAGAUUGACUUCUAUAGUCCAGAAAGUGAAAAUAUGUUUGAAGUUAAUUCUCAAUUAUUUAAAUUAGAAAAUGAAUUGGAUCCUAAUACAACAACAUCAUCACCAAUGAAAUGUGGUUAUGUUUUUGAUUCAUUUAUUGAAAUAUUAAAAUCAGAAAAUUCGUUGAUGAGUUUGGAUUUAUUAGCAUCAGAAUUGAAACGCGAAUUAACAAAUUUAGGUGGAGAUAAAUUAGCUGGUGAUUUAUCGAUUGAAAAUUCUUUUUUGUCAUUGGAAGUACUUUGGCGUAAUUCAGUGGUUUGUUAUCAUCAUACAACAAUUGAUACACAAAAUUUAAUAAGAAAAUCUUAUUAUGAUUUUAUUGCAGCUGGUUUUCCAUUUGAAAUAAUUGAUGGCGAUAAUUUUUAUUUUCAACAACAAUUUUUAACAGAGAUUUUGAAUGAAUUUCAUUCUCGACGAAUAUUAGUUAUUAGUAUUAUUGGUCCACAAAACAGUGGUAAAAGUACAUUGUUAAACUACAUGUUUGGAACAUUGUUUGGUGUUAGAGAAGGACGUUGCACACGAGGAAUUUAUGGUUCAUUAGUCAAAAUAAAUAAAUUGAAUCAAAUGAUUCAGAAUAUUUUUAAAAAAAAUUUACUUGAUGAAACCGCAAACAUUGAUUAUAUUAUGUUAAUCGAUACUGAAGGUUUAUUAUCAAUUGAAAAGGGUGAUAAAGAAUACGAUCGACGUUUAAUUUUAUUUUGUUUAGCAAUAUCACAUUUAGUCAUCGUCAAUAUGAUGGGUGAUAUUAAUGAAACAUUAAAAGAUAUGUUAACAUUAUGUGCAGACUCAUUAAAACAAAUUGGUGUUAAUACUACAAAUCAACCUAUCGUUCAUUUCGUCUUGAAUCAAAAAGCUGAUCCAAAUAUAGAAAAUCAUAUGGAAGCUAUUAAAAAAAUAAUCGGAGAUUUAAAAGAAAACAAAUUAGCUGAAGUUAUUGAUAUUAGUUUAAGGACGUUUCAUACGUUGC